UCGCAGUUGACCGGAGGCAGAGCUAACAAACAGAUCAGUCUCCUUCUGCUCAGUAUUAUAACUGUGUUGAAAUCUAACAAUCCAGUUUUCAUUAUAUUUUAUUUUGUUGUAUAUAUCUACGGCUAUCUGUUAUCGUUUUAUGGUGCAGUAAGAUUACUGUAUAUUUUUUGUUUGCUAUACAAGACUUCAAUCACAUUUAUUUCGUGAAUAUCUCAUCAAACUCACAGAAUCAAAUAAAUUUCUGGUGAUUUAUAAUUGAGUCGAUGAAAAAUUGUGUAUUUUAACAAGUGAAUCAAGAUUGUAAAAUUAAUGUAAUUGAUUUUUGUGUUGCUGCUUCAAUUCUAGCUGUGUUUUUGAAUUCAUUGAUCCCGCUCGGUGACACUUCGAUCAGAUACACGACGCAAUGCAUUGUGGGUAGCCAGCCAUUUUCAGUUUUCCACCCCGAAGUUGAAACAAGCAGCUAUUACCAAAGGGGCUGUCGUUGAAAGGGGAUUUUUACAGUCUCAAAAAUGGCUGGGAAUAUGGGGAUGGAGCAACUUAUCCCCAUUGUAAAUAAACUACAAGAUGCAUUCACACAACUUGGUGUUCAUAUGCAAUUGGAUCUUCCACAGAUAGCAGUUGUAGGUGGACAAAGUGCUGGCAAAAGUUCCGUGUUGGAAAACUUUGUAGGAAGAGAUUUCCUCCCUCGUGGUUCUGGGAUUGUCACAAGAAGACCUCUAAUUCUACAGCUUAUCAACAGUGCAACUGAACAUGCUGAGUUUCUGCACUGCAAAGGAAAGAAGUUCACGGACUUCGAUGAGGUUCGCCGAGAAAUUGAGGGCGAAACAGAUCGUAUCACCGGCUCCAACAAGGGCAUCUCCAACAUUCCAAUCAAUCUGCGUGUCUAUUCACCAAACGUGCUGAACCUGACGCUGAUCGACCUGCCCGGCAUGACGAAGGUGCCCAUCGGCGACCAGCCGGCCGACAUCGAACACCAGAUCCGCGCCAUGAUCAUGCAGUUCAUCAAGCGCGACAACAGUCUCAUUCUGGCCGUCACGCCCGCCAACCAGGAUCUCGCCAACAGCGACGCCCUAAAACUGGCCAAAGAUGUCGAUCCCGCAGGUGUUCGUACGAUCGGCGUGAUCACCAAGUUGGAUUUGAUGGACGAGGGCACUGACGCCAGGGAGAUCCUGGAGAACAAGCUGCUGCCCUUGCGGCGGGGCUACAUCGGCGUCGUCAACCGCAGUCAGAAGGACAUCGAGGGCCGCAAGGACAUCAUGGCCGCACUUGGGGCUGAACGCAAGUUCUUUCUCAGCCACCCGUCAUACCGACACAUGGCGGACAGACUGGGCACGCCCUACUUGCAGCGAGUGCUGAAUCAGCAGUUGACCAACCACAUCAGAGACACACUGCCUGGCCUGAGGGACAAGCUGCAGAAACAAUUAUUAGCUUUGGAGAAGGAUGUGGAGCAGUUCAAACACUUCAGGCCUGAUGAUCCAUCCAUCAAAACAAAAGCUAUGCUGCAGAUGAUCCAACAACUGCAGUCGGAUUUCGAGCGUACCAUCGAAGGCUCAGGGUCGGCGCAGAUCAACACACUGGAGCUCUCUGGUGGCGCCAAGAUCAACCGACUGUUCCACGAGCGCUUCCCCUUCGAGUUGGUCAAAAUGGAGUUCGACGAAAAGGAACUCAGACGGGAGAUCGCCUUCGCCAUUAGAAAUAUUCACGGUAUUCGAGUGGGUCUGUUCACACCAGACAUGGCGUUUGAGGCAAUUGUCAAGAAGCAGAUCGCCCGCUUAAAGGAACCCUGUCUCAAGUGUGUUGAUCUUGUCGUCACUGAAUUGUCCAAUGUUGUUCGUUUCUGCACUGAAAAGAUGUCACGUUACCCACGCCUACGAGAGGAGACCGAGCGAAUAAUCACGUCUUAUGUGCGCAAUCGCGAGCAACUCUGCAAAGACCAUCUUGUACUUCUAGUCGAUUGCGAACUCGCCUACAUGAACACCAACCACGAGGACUUUAUCGGGUUUGCGAAUUUGGUUGUGUCGUAUGAAAACUAUCUGAUUUCGGGAACAGGUGAUGGUUAUGUUCCACAUUCUAGUGCGCAGCAGUCGACCGAGAACUCCAACAAGGCGGGGAGAAAGCUUGGCAACCAGGUGAUCCGCAAGGGCUGGAUGUGCAUCCACAACCUCGGCAUCAUGAAGGGCGGAUCACGUGACUACUGGUUUGUGCUCACCUCUGAGAGCAUAUCCUGGUUCAAGGACGAGGAGGAGAGAGAAAAGAAAUACAUGCUGCCGCUGGACGGUCUGAAACUACGAGAUGUGGAACAGGGGUUCAUGUCGAGACGCCACACAUUCGCCCUUUUCAAUCCGGAAGGACGCAACGUUUACAAGGACUACAAACAGUUGGAAUUGAGCUGUGAAACACAGGAUGAGGUUGACACAUGGAAAGCAUCGUUCCUAAGAGCUGGUGUCUACCCGGAGAAGUCCACUGACCAAUCUAAUGGAGAUGAGGAAAGGGAAGGUUUUGAGGGUGGCAACGAAGGCACGUCGUCUAUGGAUCCGAUGCUCGAGCGUCAGGUGGAGACCAUUCGUAAUCUGGUCGACUCCUACAUGAAGAUCGUCACCAAGACGACACGUGACCUCGUACCAAAGACUAUCAUGUAUCUCAUCAUCAACGAUGCCAAAAACUUCAUCAACGGAGAACUGUUGGCUCAUCUGUAUGCGUCUGGUGACCAGUCGAGCAUGAUGGAGGAGAGCCCAGAGGAGGCGCUGAAACGGGAGGAGAUGCUGCGCAUGUACCACGCGUGCAAGGAGGCUCUGCGCAUCAUCGGCGACGUCUCCAUGGCAACCGUGUCCACGCCCGUCCCGCCGCCCGUCAAGAACGACUGGCUCGCCUCGGGUCUCGACAAUCCCAGGUUAUCCCCGCCUUCGCCAGGCGGUCCACGACGAGGCAUGCCUCCGCAGAGCGGCAGUCUGGGAGGCGGCGGAGGCGGCAGUCGAGCACCGCCCCCACCCCCGGCCACGGGGCGCCCCGCCCCCGCCAUUCCCUCGAGGCCCGGGCCCGACCAGGGGCAGCGCGGCCCUCCCUCGCUCCCCGGACGGCCCCAGGGCCAGGCCGGUCUGCCACCCCCGCUCAUACCAUCAGGGCGUCCUGGCGGAGUUCCAAUGCCGCAGAUUCCUCAGCGCGUUCAGCAGGCGGUCGGUCAAGCGGUCACCCAAGCGGCGGUCAACGAACUCACCAACGCGUUUGCCAGUCGUUUCAACCGUCCAGUUCCAUCACUGCCUCCGCGACUCCCCGACAGACCUGCCAACCUAGCAAGACCCGACUAAAAUUGCAGUUGCAGCAAAUUUUUCAAAAGAAGAUGUACGACAAAAGAAAUAAAAUCCAUCCAAACUUGAUCGAUCUUUUGUGUUUGAGAUACGAGGUCACAAACACACAAAAAUAGAUAAAAUCAAACAAGAAACUCGAUAAUUACUUGAAAUAAUCAAAUCGAACAAAUAUUCAAGAGGACUGUAUCAUUCCUUAUAAGUUCUAGACUCUGUCGGCAUAAAAUCAACUUCAAUUGAAGAAUAUUAUCAAAAAUUAUUUUAUCGGAAUUCUAUCUGUUUUGAGAUAAAAUGCCCUUAUCUCUAUGCUCUGUAGUCCUUAUCUAGAAUCUGUUUUGAGUUAUGAGAAUCUUUGUAACAUUGUGAUAAAUAAAUUAAUGUUUGAAUGAUGGCCCCACUGCAUUUUAUAGAUGAUUUAAUGGCAUUGAAUUCUGCCAACUUUCAAAUUGAAAACUUCAAGUUGAUGAAAAGUGUUUUUUUGGAAAUACUUGCAGUAUGAAGCUACCGUACCACUUACUCCAACGAUUAACAUUCAUUUGAUAUUAAUCUAAUUGAUUUGAUAUUAAUUUGUUUUAUUUCUCAUUUCGGAGUUUUUAUUUGUACCUCAAAGUAUUUGAGUCUAUUACGAGUUUAUUUGAAAUAUACUGUAAUCAUGAGAUUCUUGUUUUCCAAUCUAUAUCACAAAUUGGAAGUAUUGAGAAUGAAAUUUGAUAGGUGAUAAUAUAGAGUUUUAGCAAAAUUUGUGUACCUUGCACUCGUAUUAGAAGUUUGUAUCAGUACACGAUUAUGUACUUCAUUUUUUGCAACCAGUUCUUUUUCUUGAGGUUGCAGCUAUAGAAUAUUUUAAGCUUUUGAUUUUACUGAAACUUGAUUCCAUUAGAAGCAUUAAUGGAUUUUAUGAAGAGCUCAUUACAAUAAAUUGAUAUUGCAACCAAUUUACCUCAAAUGGCAACUAUAAAAUAAUACUGUUAAGCUUGUUUUUACUAAUACCUUAUUCCGUUAGAAAAUAUAAUGUGUGUAGAUUGAUAUGAAGAGCUCAAUAAUUAUAAUGAAUUUAUUCGAUGUACCUAUUGAUGUAGGCCUAAUUGAUUAAUUUGUUUCCCAGAUCAAACUAGACUGAACGUUUUAGAUUUUUAAUUGUUUGAGUUAUAAAUGCCUUGGAAAUUACGCUACUCUUUAAAUCUAAUAUAGAUUUCAAGUUUUUAGUAUACAUUGGUAACUCUCUAUCCUGUAACACUGGAGUUUUCCUUCAUGGAAGUAUUACUUGAUAGAACUAUUCAAACUAUUUUUUCGAUGUGAUUAGUGCAGCAUCCUUUUACAUAAUCUUAUCUCACUUACCUUUAGGACCCUUCAAAUCAAUAUGGACAUGUUAAACAUGCAUUAGGCCCUAUUGUUAGCCUAAGAAAACAAAUUUAAGUAUUAUUCAUGAUAACAUUAAACAAGCAACUGCCUUAUAGAGUUUAUUGUGGACAUAGUCUUGUAUCAUUCCAUUGGCUAGAUGAGAUGAAUUGUCCACUACCUGACUACUCCUCACAUGUACUUUAUAAUCAUCUUGAAUUUAAAAAUUUCAGUUGUAUUAGUGUAGAAUUGAAUCUGAUUUUUCAUUGAGCAACAAUUUUUAUCAUAAUUUCUAUUGUACUUUACAUCCUUUGUUAGAGAAUACACGUUUGGAAUCAAAAUUCAAUUCACUGUAGAUUCACAAGUAACAUAACUUUGUUUUCAUCUAGAAAAAUAAAUCAUCGAUCAAUUUUACUUGAUACUACCGUAUUUUAAUCCUAUGUUAUAGAUGGGUGAAAUUUCCUUUAAGCUAGAGACUUACCGUAGCUAUUGGAAAAUAGCUAACGAUAUUUUUAGUUUGUCUUUCAUGCUAUUUAUUAAUUUAACUGUUUUCCCCCAUUAAUUACUUUUGAUUAAGAUCCGGUAGAUCAAGAUGAGUCACAGCUUAUUUAGUACAAAUGCGAAAUCAUUUAGAUCGAUUUGAUCAUAAGAUUCAAAUGUGAUAAUUUUUUACUCUUUUAUGAAGAAUUAAGGAAAAUUAUUGAGAAUAUUAAUUUACCAUUAGAUUUAUGGAACCAGUAACUAAUCAUAAACUUUGUAAUUAAUUGUACAUACGCUUAGUUUAUGAAAUUUCAUUUUGUAAAUAUUUUGUACAUAGCUUAUGUGAAAAACCAAUAAAUUUUUAAUAAUAA